AUGAUCAAUACUAAUAGUCAUCGUCAUACUAAUGAUAUCUCCACCACUUCCACUACUAAUACUAUAGGCAUUUAUUCUGUUGGUCCUGAGAUCGGUAAAGGCUCGUUUGCCACAGUUUAUAAAUGUUACAAUAAAAAUACUCAUACAGCAGUGGCUAUCAAAUCAGUAGUAAGAUCUAAAUUGAAAUCAAAGAAGUUGGUGGAGAAUUUAGAAAUUGAAAUCUCCAUUUUAAAAUCAAUGAAACAUCCUCAUAUUGUAGGUUUAUUGGAUUAUAUUCAAACUGCAUCUCAUUUCCAUUUAGUUAUGGAUUAUUGUUCCAUGGGUGAUUUAUCUUAUUUCAUUCGUAAAAGACCUCAACUUAUAAAGACUCAUCCUGUAAUAUCAUCUUUAUUAGAAAGAUAUCCAUCUCCUGAAGGUCUGUAUGGUUUAAAUGAAAAUUUAGUAAUUCAUUUCUUAAAACAAUUAUCUUCAGCAUUACAAUUCUUAAGAGAUAAAAGUUUGGUUCAUAGAGAUAUUAAACCUCAAAAUUUAUUAUUAUGUCCUCCUUUACAUUCAAAACAACAAUUUCAAGAUGAUCAUUAUGUUGGAUUAUGGGAAUUACCUAUAUUAAAAAUUGCUGAUUUUGGAUUUGCAAGAUUUUUACCUUCAACUUCAAUGGCUGAAACUCUUUGUGGUUCACCUCUUUAUAUGGCUCCUGAAAUAUUAAGAUAUGAAAAAUAUAAUGCUAAAGCUGAUUUAUGGUCGGUUGGUGCUGUCUUAUAUGAAAUGACAGUUGGUAAACCUCCUUUUAAAGCUGGUAAUCAUAUUGAAUUAUUAAGAAAUAUUGAAAAAGCUCAAGAUCGAAUUAAAUUCCCAAGUGGUAAUCAAAUCUCAGAAGAAUUAAAGAGUUUAAUUAGAUCAUUAUUAAAAUAUAAUCCUACGGAAAGAAUCUCAUUUAAUGAAUUCUUUCAUGAUCCUUUGAUUGUUAAUGAAUUACCAAGUAAUGAUGUCCCAUUAGAAACAUCAACCAAUAUAGAUGAAAACUUAUUCAUUAGUGAAUAUAUUAGUCCUAUUAAACCAAGUGAAAGAUCUCAAUAUAUUCAACCAAUAACUACUUUGACUCCUUACAAGGAAGAAUCAAAACCAUCAACAUCCUCUGAUGCCAAACAUUCACAACAUUCAGAUAAAAUCCCAUCAUCAGCAAGUUCUUCAGUUCGAGAUGAAGAAAUUAAACAAAUUAUAAAUAAAAAUAGUCCUGCUCCUGAAAGUUCAAUUCACCAUAAAUCAGUUCAUAAAUCAGUCAUUAGAAAUAAAGAUGAUAUAAUAUUAGAAAAAGAUUAUGUCGUGGUUGAAAAGAGAGCUGUUGAAGUGAAUGCUAUUGCUGAUGAAUUAGCUCAUGCUGGAAGUGGAGCUGUUGCCAUUAAUCAUACAAACAGUGGCACCACUCCUGGUUCAAGAAAAUCUCUGGCGGGAUCUAUCGGAAGUGUUAAUGAUUAUACUAGUGCAGUACGUUAUAGAAGAUCAUCACUGGGUAGUCAAAGAAGACCUAGUUUUGCUGAUAGAAGAAUAUCUAUAUCAAUAAGUCCUAGUAAUGCCUUAAGUAAAGCCAUUGGAUUAGCAUCGAAUAAAUUAUUUGGAUCUCCUACAUCAGCUAAUAUUCCAGAAGAAGCAUUAUUGAAUAAAAUUAAUGGUGACAUUAAUAAUUAUUCAUUUUCAACUAUUUAUUCAAGUCCAAAUUUUGCUGAUCAUUUAUUACUACAAAAAUUAAAUUUACCUACUUUGGCUAGUCUUAAUUUAAGUAAUGGUAGUGAUAAAUUAAUAAUCAAUGGAAAUGAACUUGAACAACAACAUCAACAACAACUUUCUAAAUCAAAACAAUUAACUGAUGAUGAAAUUGUUUUACAAAAAUUAGAAACUUUGGCUACCAAAUCACAUGCCAUUAAAUUAUUUGCUGAUGUUAAAUUCAGUCAAUUAAUUCCAAGUCCACCAUCCAGUGAUGGAUUUGAUGAUGAUUUAUUACAUCCAAAUGAUAUGUUGCCACCUACUAUGAUUAAAGCUAUUAGUGAAGAAGGUGUAGCCUUGUAUGUUAAGACCUUAUCGAUCUUGAAUAGAGGUAUGUCAAUUGCUAGUGAUUGGUGGUAUAGUAGUCAAGCGGAACAACAACAACAACAAUCCCAAAGUGAUCUCAGAAAUAUGAGAAGUGAUGCUUCUAAAGCUCAAAUUAGAAUUAAUGAUUUAGUACAAUGGAUUCGUGAAAAGUUUAAUGAAAGUUUAGAAAAGGCUGAAUUCAUUAAACAAAGAUUAGAAGAAGCUAAACGUUUAAUCGCCGAAGAUCAAAUUAUAUCUUCCAGAUCAAUUUCUCCUGGAUUUGACGAUGAAGAUGAUAAAGUUAUGGCUGAGAAAUUAAUUUUUGAUCGUGCGUUGGAAAUAUCUCGUAAUGCCGCCGUGAAUGAGUUAGUUCAAGAAGAUUUGAAAGGAUGUGAAUUAGCUUAUGGAACUGCGAUUUGGAUGUUGGAAGCAUUAAUCGAUGAGAGUGAUUCUUAUGGAGAUGAUAAAGAGAGUAAAGAACAAAAAUUAGAUAUUCAAGAUAAAGCUAUGGUUGAGAAGUUUAUCGUCAGUAUUGGUAAUAGAUUAUCUGUUUUAAAGAAGAAAUUGGAAUUAAUCUAAUUAAAUCAAUCAUCACCACUCAUUUUUUUAAAGGUAUUUUUUUUUAUCAUUAUUAUUAUUAUAUUAUUAUUAUUAUUAU